CAGCAAUUGGUCCACAGGAGCUAUAAAUUGGUCUCCUCCAGAAACAGAACAAAAUUUGUCUUUGGGGAAGUCGGCUGGAAACCAAAGGGGCCAUGGAGAGACUAGACCCCACACAACACUUCCACACAAUGCUGCUGGAUCAGAGACAGAGGCUGCAUGGCCAAAUUGCACAUCUUCAUGAGGUGGCUCAGAAAAUCAACAAGCUCCGCAAAAGGUCUCUAAUUGCCAACAUCAGUGGGAGCUCCCUGACUGCUGCAGGAGCAGUCACAGCUAUUGUGGGACUAUCUCUGAGCCCAGCCACAUUGGGAGCCUCUCUCCUGGCAUCAGCUGUGGGUCUGGGUCUAGCCACUGCUGGAGGGGCCGUCAGCAUCACCUCCGAUCUCUCCUUAGUGCUUUGCAACUCCCGGGAGGUGAGAAAGGUGCAGGAAAUUGCAAUGACUUGUCGGAAACAGAUGAGGGAAAUUCUUAGCUGCUUGGAAUUCCUCCGCCGGGGGCAGGGCCCAGGGGAUCCCACACUGCUCCAGUCAGAGAAGAGGGCCUCCAUCUCGCUGUACAACUCCGUCUGCUUCAUGGUGUUUUAUGGCUCCCACAGCUUCCUUGUGCCGGAAUAUACAAAGGAGGUCACAAAAGUGAGCCAGGCUGUGCUGAAGGCCAAAAUCCAGAAGCUGGCUGCUAACCUCGAGACUUGCAGCAGGGCAAUGGAUGAACUCUGUGAACUCCUCGAGUCCAGGACAGAACUUUCCUCACACACAAGAAAUCUCAGCUUGAGCCCUAAAGACACUGCUGAGACCCCAGGACCAUUCAGCUGAAACAGUCCUUGCCGCAAUGAUUAGAACUGAGCUUGGAGACACUAUAUUAUUGUCACUGUUACUAUUAGCACUGCUACCUGCUGUUAUCAUAAUAUUGGUCGUACUCAUUCACACUGGUGCUCACAUCUCUCAUGUGCAUUAUUUAUAUCUGAACACAAACUUCUCCCUGCCACGAAGCGAAAGACUCCCCCCCUUUUCAGCACCCACCCAAUUGAGGCUGGAGCUUAUCUUGGACCUCUGGCCCUGCAUGUACAUGGCAGCACCCCCAGAGUCUGCAGGUCAGGCAGGCAGGGGUAGGCAGGUGUCCUCAGACCCACAUCUCCCUGGCCACCUUCCUGGUUCUGCUUCCCCAUGGCAGCAGAAAGAAGUGGGUCAGAAGACUGCUGAAAACCCUGCAGCCCUGAUGUUGUAUUGUAAAUAAUCUAUGAGACUCUGAACAGUGAAUAAGCUGGGAUACCUUCAAUGAGCCAGCAACUGCCAAUUUCCAGUAAAAUACAAUUCUGUUUUGAAGGUACAUCUGGAAAGGCUAUUGAAGGAAUCAGCCCCAGAAAUUACAGACUGUAUUGGCACAUGGUUCAUCAUCCAAAGGUAAAACAGAGGAGCGAGAAAGUAUUACCCCUUCUAAAAAAACCUUUCCGAAUGACAACCGUAACACUUGUGUUCUAUUUAUUUACAUAAGAUUAUUUUAAGGCUUUGAAAAUAUUUUUUAAAUAUUUUUUAAAUAUUUUUUUCCUUUUAAAAGGAUGCCUCCACUCCAAAGGGAAGCAGCUGUUCUUGCAGGCAAAGCAAGUCUGUGGCAUGUGAGAGCAAGUUACCCAUUCUUUGGCAGUGAGGGACAGCAAGGCCCUGUGGGAAGCGGGAAAGCAUGGCCAGAAUGCUGAAAGUUAUAAAAUAUAUGACCUAUGGUCACCAGUGACUGCUCUUAGGAACUGAAAUAGAGAGAAGGAAGGGUCAGAGACCCUGGGACAAGGGCAUGCCUCAGAGUACUGGUGGAAGAAACCAACUGUACCUCAUACAGCAGGGAAGGAGUGUAGGUUGGUGUUACUAGUCUGAGCUGGAGCCCAACUGACAUGGGAGCAGGUCUGAGAGGUAGUGGUGGGGCACUCUCUGUGCAGUUGAACAGUUUGUGAAGCCCAAAGUGGUUUGUUUGGGAAGGAGGGAAGGAGGAGGCAGCACUCACAGAGAGCUACACAUACUCCUAGGAAUGCUCCCUGUGGAAGGCUUCACAUCAGCAACAUAUACUGGUACUAAUAAUCAAAAAGGGUGCAGAGGGGUAGCAUUAUUCAGUGUUCAGAGUACUUAUGAAGCAGGAGAGAGGACUGAGACACAGUUUCAAAUGACUGAUCUGCUAAAGAUGUCCUCUGUGACUUCUGGAAAGUCACUCAACCCAUCAGUGCCUCAGUUUCCUGUUUAAAAACGGUGAUAGCAGCACUUCCCUACCUCACAAGGAUGUUUCUAGGACAAAUAUUAAGAGCACUCAACUACUGUGAUGACAGGGAUCAUGUCAGUACCUGAAAGAGGUUCAGGGAAGCAUCCUGGAAGCUAGCUUGAGACAAUCAAAGGAGCUGAUGGAGGGAAAAUUCUACCUCCACAGGGAGACCCUAGUGGAUAGGGGAAAUUUCCCUCCACAUUCAUGACCCAAAAUGAUCAGAAAAUGAUUCUGUAAUUCUGCAGCUCUGAAUAGUGAACUCUUGAGAAGGGCAAUACUCCUUCUUGCAAAGCCUAAAUCCUCACCCUUUUCUCACCCCUUUUCUUUUCCUCCUCUCAUGAUCUCAACAUUUGUUUUUACAUGUAAGAAAAACUUUGGUCCUCCAGAGAAUGACACAGACGUAAUGUCCACGUUUAUUUGCUGUAAAUGAACAAGUAUAUUGCUGAUUCGAUUAAAUGAAUAUGAAGCAA